AAGUCAGUUAACCACAGCCUUCAACAUGCUCUGCUCUGGAGGCAGCAGUGGCUUCUUGGUGGUAUCUCGGCCAUGACAUCCACUUGACAUGCCCUCUCUUAACCCACUGGUAGACAGUUUCUCUUGCCCUGCAGCAUGGACCAAAGAGAAAUUCUGCAGAAGUUCCUGGAUGAGGCCCAAAACAAGAAAUCUAACAAAGAGGAGUUUGCCAAUGAAUUUCUGUGGCUGAAAAGACAAUCCACUAAGUACAAGGCAGACAAAACCUAUCCUACAACUGUGGCUGAGAGACCCAAGAAUAUCAAGAAAAACAGAUACAAGGAUAUCUUGCCCUAUGAUCAUAGCUUAGUAGAGCUGUCUCUGAUAACCUCAGAUGAAGAUUCCAACUACAUCAAUGCCAACUUCAUUAAGGGAGUUUAUGGACCCAAAGCUUAUAUAGCCACCCAGGGACCUUUGUCUACAACUCUCCUGGACUUCUGGAGGAUGAUUUGGGAAUACAGUGUCCUGAUCAUUGUUAUGGCGUGCAUGGAGUUUGAGAUGGGGAAGAAAAAGUGUGAGCGCUACUGGACUGAGCCAGGAGAGCUACAACUGCAAGUUGGUCCUUUCUCCAUAUCCUGUGAAGCUGAAAAUAGAAAAUCUGAUUACAUAAUCAGGACUCUAAAAGCCAAGUUCAAUAGUGAAACUCGAACUCUCUACCAGUUUCAUUACAGGAAUUGGCCAGACCAUGAUGUGCCUUCAUCCAUAGACCCUAUUCUUGAGCUCAUCUGGGAUAUGCGUUCUUACCAAGAGGAUGACCAUGUUCCCGUGUGCAUUCAUUGCAGUGCCGGUUGUGGGAGGACUGGUGUUAUCUGCGCUAUCGAUUAUACCUGGAUGUUGCUAAAAGACGGGAUCAUUCCUGAGAACUUCAGUAUUUUUAGUUUGAUCCAGGAAAUGCGAACACAAAGGCCUUCAUUUGUUCAAACUCAGGAACAGUAUGAACUGGUCUACAAGGCUGUAUUAGAACUAUUUAAGAGACAGAUGGAUGUCAUCAGGGGUAAAAAGUCAGGAACAGAGAUUCAAGCAAAGUAUUCAGUUCUUGAGCAAAAUCCCACCCUAGAAGCAGAGUCUUAUUCUAAUUUACCAAAAAGUGGCAUAAAAGAAGCAAAAAUGGUGAAGCAACAGAAUAAACAAAAGAUAAGGCUGAAAAGUGCAGACGCUUCUUCCUUUGGCCCCAGGACUCCUGAAAUAAGUGAAAAGGAAGGGUUAGUUUUACACCCUGCUGAACAGAGCAGUUCGUUUGACAUUUUGGAGCUAAAUUGUGGUUGUAACAAAAAUGCUGACACAACCGUGAAAUGGGAGCCAAAGGCAUUUCCAAUAGUUGGGGAGCCUCUUCAGAAACAUCAGAGUCUAGACUGGAGCCCCGUUUUGUUUAAUUCCAAACCUGCAAAUGUAGCAGGGGGAUAUUUCAACUCAAAGGGGCCGAUAACGCGGACCAAAUCAACUUCCUUUGAACUGAUGCAGCAAAGAGACACCAAGGAGCUGGAUAUCAAGGAGAAUGUUUUGUGUUUGGAACCUCAACCGCACAACUCUCCUCUUGGGCGGGCUCAAAAAGCGAUGCACGUUUCUUCAGCAGAACUUAAUUAUUCACUGCCAUCUGACUCUCGGCGCCAAACGGGCAAUGCCUCUAAUGCAAAGCAGCAGGACUCUAGUGCUGUUCAGGUGCAUUCUUACAUGUCCUUGGAAGAUCCUUUUUUUUCAUCAUUGUCACCAAGUAGCACUGGUUCUAAGAUGUCUCUUGAUUUACCUGAGAGGCCAGAUGGAACCGCUUUACCUCGUUCUCCACUGCCCGCGUCCUCCACAACCCUCUUCUCUUGCUACAAUUCACAUGAUUCUUUAGCACUGAGUUCUCCAACUGGUCACCCUCCACCCCUGGACCAAGAGACAGCAGUAGUCGCAACUUCUCCAAGGAUAGAUGAUGACAUUCCCCCUCCACUUCCGGAACGGACACCUGAAUCUUUUAUUGUGGUGGAGGAAGCCGGAGAAUUUCCACGGACUGUUCCCAAAUCCUUAUCUUCAGCUGUGAAGAGUGUAAAACUGCGGAGUCCCCAGUCAGAUCUACAUCAAGAUCGGUCUUCUCCUCCCCCACCUCCACUCCCUGAAAGAACCCUGGAGUCCUUCCUUCUUGCUGACGAAGAUUGUAUGCAGGCUCAGUCUAUACGGACCUAUUCUACUAGCUGUCCUAACACCAUGGAAAAUUCAACAUCUUCAAAGCAGACAUUGAAGACUCCUGGAAAAAGUUUCACAAGGACUAAGAGCUUGAAAAUUUUGAGAAACAUGAAAAAGAGUGUCUCUAAUUCUUCUCCAGCAAACAAGCCUGCAGACUCUGUUCAGUCAAAUCGCUCCAGCUCCUUUCUGAAUUUUGGGUUUGCAAAUCGUUUUUCAAAACCCAAAGGACCAAGGAAACCACCAGCGACUUGGAAUAUUUAACGCAACUUUGGAAUAUAGCUGCAAGUGCAUCUGGAAAUAAAACUACUGGAAUACUGCUAGCUAAAAUAAGUGUUCCAUAUUUAUAAUUUCAACAAUGAAGACACUGUAAUGUUUAAUAGCAAUAUUAGAAAAGCCAUAUUCAAAGAAGUGCCAGAAGUUUUACAUUUUCAUCUCAUUUGCAUUGGGUUGGAAACUGGAAAUAAGUUUGUCACUUGGGAUUAUGUAGAGAAUGCUGGAUGAGAAAGUUUUGGAAUGGACUUAUUUUUCAUUUUGGAAGUUAUUUUUAUUCUACUUAAGUAGAAACUUCAAAAUAUUUGUAAGAAUUGGAUCUGAACUGAAUGUCUACAUUGCCAGAUUUUACAAUAGCAAGUGUUUCACAAAUCUGAUUUGUGGUUGUGGCACAAAAUGAUACAAAAUGACUGCUUGUGACAAUGACUAUUCCCUGGGAGUUAUUUUUGCCUAAAUGGAGUAUACCUUGCACAUCUUCCCAAAGGUGGAAAACCAGAGUAGUAAGAAAAGGAAACGUUAUAAUUAAGAGAAUAAAUAAUAAUGAAAAUAAUUUCAUAAUAUCACAUUUCAAUAAUGAAAAUAAUAAAAGAAUAAUGAAAAUAAUUUUUGUAUUUGUAUAUACCAACAGGAUGUUCAACUACAUUUCUGGUAAAUUUUAACCAAAGUUCUUCAAUGACCAAAUCUAGAAGAAUAAUCAACAAAAUCGUUAUCUUUUGGUAGCAUUUUCAUUUCAAAGGUCCUGUAUAAACAUGUGCAAC